AUGGCUGAUUCCGAGUAUUUCCCAUUCUUGGAGCUGCCGCUUCCGCCGAGUGAUGACGCUGAGUCCAAUACAUGGGAAUUUCUGUGCACACAUUUCGGGGUCGAACGAGAUGACGAGUUGCACUUUUAUGUGUCAAUUCUGGAAUCCAUUGUAGAUGCAAAUAAAUCUGCCGAAACUGUCACGAACAGCCCGAGACUCUAUGGAGUCUAUAGCCGCAUUCAGGCCGGCCUUCAGAAUGUUCGGAUCCCGGAAAGUGAGAUCAGGAAAUUAUUCGAAGAGAAGUCAGCCAUUUUGAUCCCAGAGGGCCGUAACCAACGUGCUUUCUUCAGAACCACAUUGGAACCCCCGAGUUGCUCCUGGACGCAUCUUGUGGACGAGCUCAAGCAUCUCAAGACCUCUGGUUGCACGGAUUUCGAUCAAAUCAACAGCUUAUAUACCCUUAUCAAUGAGUUGAUCGGCCAAACCAAUGUCGAUAAUGUUCAAAAGCUCAGGGAAUCCAUCGACGACGAUGCCUUGAUCUACGUGAAUGUAAGUGGAUGCCACAAAUGGUGUAAGAUCUUUGAGUAUUUGUGGGCGAGCGCAACAACGAUAAGAGACCGGACGACUCUCAACGAUCAUUAUGAAGACUUGAAAGAUUUCUUCGUAACUGUGCUUGGGGUUUCGGAAUUAAGCUUUGAUAUGAUGCUAGACGAACUAAUUGAGAAAGGCACCAGACAAGCAUCUGUAAAAGAAGUCAAGGAGACGUUGUGGGCAUUGACAUUGCUCCUGUCCUCCAACACUUCAGCCGCCUCAUCGAGGAGAAUUCCGGACAGUCGAGUCUUUCCGGUCAAGUAUUCUAACGGACAAGUCGCCUUGUGGACAUCUACGGCCCACUUUGGAAGCGUGGACCGUCAACGUCUUGGAGAUUCGUUCGCUGGCAAAGCAAACCUCCUUGACUUCAGCUUGGACGAGGUUAGGCUGCUGAAACCAUUCUUUGCCUGA